GGGCGGGGCAGCGGCAGGGAGAUCUGGACUGCACACCCACUGGGGUGGAGGAGAAGGGGGCCAGGGGCGGCCUUCGGGAAAUCUGCCUGGGCUGGGGCUGCCACUGGGGAAACGGGCCCCUCUGGAUACCGGGACCCCUCUACCCAACACCCUUCACUGUGCUUCUUAAAGGGAUCACAGCUUUUCCCUCCGACUCCAUGGAAGCCAGACUUGGGACGCUUGGUGGGGACAUUUGAGUCUUCCCUGCUUGCUUCCUUCACCAGUGGCAGCCUUCCUCUGACUAAGGGGGGCCCCAGGCAUGGCUCUCACCAGCACCCCUAAUGCUGACCUGGCUCCUGGGCUCUUUCAGCCUCUGCUAGCCUCUUGCUUCCCUCCUCCAGGGGCGCGGUGGUGAGUCUGGGGGCUCAGACCGAGGGUGCCUGGACAGUGUCAGUUUUCCCGGACAGCCCCUGCACCCAAGCUGGAGGACGGCGAGGUGGUAGGGGGUGAGGAUGAGAUGAGCGGGGGUCGCUUUGACUUUGAUGAUGGCGGGGCAUACUGUGGGGGUUGGGAGGGGGGGAAGGCGCACGGACAUGGACUGUGCACCGGCCCCAAGGGCCAGGGCGAAUACUCCGGCUCUUGGAACUUUGGCUUUGAAGUGGCAGGUGUCUACACCUGGCCCAGCGGAAACACCUUCGAGGGAUACUGGAGCCAGGGCAAACGGCACGGGCUCGGCAUAGAGACCAAGGGGCGCUGGCUCUACAAGGGGGAAUGGACUCAUGGCUUUAAGGGACGCUACGGAACCCGGCAGAGCUCCAGCAGCGGUGCCAAGUAUGAGGGCACUUGGAACAACGGUCUGCAGGAUGGCUAUGGCACUGAGACCUACGCAGAUGGAGGGACGUACCAAGGCCAGUUCACCAACGGCAUGCGCCACGGCUACGGCGUGCGCCAGAGCGUGCCCUACGGCAUGGCCGUGGUGGUGCGCUCGCCGCUGCGCACCUCGCUCUCGUCCCUGCGCAGCGAGCACAGCAAUGGCACGGUGGCCCCGGACUCGCCCGCGUCGCCAGCCCCCGACGGCCCAGCGCUGCCCUCGCCUGCCAUCCCGCGCGGCGGCUUCGCGCUCAGCCUGCUGGCCAACGCCGAGACGGCGGCGCGCGCGGCCAAGGGCGGCGGCCUCUUCCAGCGGGGCGCGCUGCUGGGCAAGCUGCGGCGCGCCGAGUCGCGCACGUCCCUGGGCAGCCAGCGCAGCCGCGUCAGCUUCCUCAAGAGCGACCUCAGCUCGGGCGCCAGCGACGCGGCCUCCACCGCCAGCCUGGGCGAGGGCGCCGACGACGCCGCACCCUUCGAGGCGGACAUCGACGCCACCACCACCGAGACCUACAUGGGCGAGUGGAAGAACGACAAGCGCUCGGGCUUCGGCGUGAGCGAGCGCUCCAGCGGCCUCCGCUACGAGGGCGAGUGGCUGGACAACCUACGCCACGGCUACGGCUGCACGACGCUGCCCGACGGCCACCGUGAGGAGGGCAAGUACCGCCACAACGUGCUGGUCAAGGCCACCAAGCGCCGCGUGUUGCCGCUCAAGAGCAGCAAGGUCCGCCAGAAGGUGGAGCACAGCGUGGAGGGCGCCCAGCGCGCGGCCGCCAUAGCUCGCCAGAAGGCCGAGAUCGCUGCCUCCAGGACAAGCCAUGCCAAGGCCAAAGCUGAGGCAGCAGAGCAGGCUGCCCUGGCCGCCAACCAGGAGUCCAACAUCGCCCGCACUUUGGCCAGGGAGCUGGCUCCAGACUUCUACCAGCCAGGUCCGGAAUAUCAGAAGCGCCGGCUGCUCCAGGAGAUCCUGGAGAACUCGGAGAGCCUGCUGGGGCCCCCCACGCGGGACGCGGGUGCCGCGGGCCCCCCGGUGCGGGCGCGCGAGAGCCCGCAGCUGCACGAGCGCGAGAACCCGCGCCCUGAGGCCCCCCCGUCGCCGACCGGGACACCCCCGCAGCCCAAGCGGCCCCGGCCCGCGGCGGCCAAGAACGGCCUGCUGGCUCCGGGCGCCUGGAACGGCGAGCCCGGCGGCGAGGGCAGCGGGCCCGUGACGCCGUCCGAGGGCGCGGGCCGCCGCAGCCCCGCGCGCCCGGCCGCCGAGCACAUGGCCAUCGAGGCGCUGCAGACGCCGCCCGCGCAGCCCCACGAGGCCGAGGUGGCGCUGUACCGGGGCUACCACAGCUACGCCGUGCGCACCGGCCCGCCCCAGCCGCCGCCCUUCGAGGACGAGCCCGAGCGCGGCGACGCCGAGGCCUCCGGGUCCGACUCCGCGCCCUCGUCCCCGGUCACAGCUUCGGCGCAGAACCCGACGUCCCGCAGCCCCGAAUCCGCGCCCCAGACUCCUGCCAAGCUGGAGCCCAGGCCUAUCGUCCCCAAAGCCGAGCCCAAGGCGAAGGCCCGCAAGACCGAGGCCCGAGGGCUGACCAAGGCGGGGGCCAAGAAGAAGGCUCGCAAGGAGGCAGCACUGGCCGCGGAGGCCGAGGUGGAGGUGGAGGAGGUCCCCAACACUGUCCUCAUCUGCAUGGUGAUCCUGCUGAACAUCGGCCUGGCCAUCCUCUUCGUCCACCUCCUGACCUGACCCUUGUCUACCAGAGCCAGGAGUUCCACUGAGGAUGCCAGGACUCAUCAUUUUGCAAAGCCAGGCAGGUGACCAAGGAGGACUGGACUCGACCUGCAGCCCCAGGCCCAGCGCACACCAUGCCACAGGCAUUUCAGGAACCUCCUGUGGGCCCAAGCUGGGCGUCAGGGUGCCAAAGGAAUAGAAUACCUGGGGAUGCUCCAGGAGUAUUCUGUCCAGGGACAGGGGAGGCCCGAGGGAAGAGCCCUGGUCUCCUGAGUUUCCUGAUCUGCUGUCCCCCAUCCUCGUGCACUCCCUCGCCUUGCCCCUCAUCACCCCCUCCCUGGGCUUUCAUGUGUUUUAGGCGAUGUCACCUAAGCAGGAUGUUAGUAUUAAAUCCCUCCCUCUCUCUCCCACUUCACUCCCACUUUAAUCCUCUGCCUGGUGGACUGAGGCCACCCAGGAAGCUGAGGGGUUGCUGAAACAUCUCAGACAGUGCGGUCUUAGCCAAUACACACCACUGCAGGCUUACAGAUGCUCUGGACAGAUGGAAGAAAUAUAACAGCCUCAGUGGAAUAUCCCAGCAUGCAAUGCCCUGCCUGCCCUACCCAUCCAGUUAGCUUCCCUCCUGGCCCAGUAGCACAGGGAGGCUUUCACAAGGGAGCCACUGAGCAAGGGGACAGAGAUGGGUGGGAAGAGGCUAAGGUGCAGUUGUGAUGGCCCCUGUUUUUGAGUGUGUCUGAGCCUGCAGCUGGGGGUGAAUUUAAGGCUGUCUCCUUGGGAUUACUGUGCAGCAGCCCUGGGGCCAGUGAGCUAUAUCAACUGUGAUGCCUCUGAAUUGAGUUGCCCUUUCCCUGUCCAGGACCACUGUGGACUUGGGAGCAUGGCACAGAUGUCCUGGCACUGGGGUAGACUGUCCAGCAGGUGCUGAAGGAGAACAUUUCCCAUGAAUAGAGGAGCAAUUCUGAGCUCCAGCUGGGUGCAGCCUGCACAGGAAUAAGCCCCUUUGAGUUUGUUUGGCAGAAGAUGAUACUUGCAUGUUCCUUCCUUGAAGAUGUUUGUACCACACUGAGCCUGUGGCCCUUGGGCUCCCUACCAGUGUCUGGCCGAGGGCUUGAAGCUCCUGUCCCCUGGGGCAUGGAAGAGUAGGGCUUCCAGGCCCCUCUAGGCCUGGGGAAGGAUGUGACAGUGGCAUCCCAGCAGAGGUGGAGUAAGGAACUGCUCUUCCACCUUGGUUACUAUGAACCUCAGCGGCUUAGGCAUGGGGGCCAGGUUCCCCUGCAGAACAACUUAAGACCCAAGUGUUUGGGGUCAGCCCUUUUCCCCUUCGGUCCUUGGGAACCUUCCCCUCCAGCUUCACACUUCCUGUUUCCAGUCCCGCUGGGGCUGGGGCCUCGUGUCUUGGCUGGACUCCAGACUGCCUUUCUGCAGGGAGGAGCCUGCAGAUGCUCCCAUCCCAGCCAGCCAUGCCCUGCAGGGUUCUGCAUCUGUGUUUGGCUUUUCUGGACUCCUAGGGAAUGAGAGGGGUGUAUAGGGGGGCUGGGAGGUGCUCAGGGCUGACAGGCUCCAGGCCUCAGCUCUGACUGAGGUCAUUGCUCUUGUUUCCUGGGCCUGGUCCAGCGUUGGGGACCAGCCUAUGGCUACCAGAGCUACUGGGACUACAUUGGGGCUGGUGUUGGGGUGCCGGUGCAGGAUGCUGAGUCUGUGGUAAUAAACCUGUGUCUGCUCACAG